UUCAACCAAAUAUCCAAUUACAUCACAAACCCCAACACACCAAAAAGGAAUACUUUUGCUUCAAACAAAGCCCAAAAACCAAUCUCCAAUCCAAUCAAUGAUGUUCCUCAUCCUUCCCUGCCCGUCCGUGGCCGUGUAUAUAUAUUAAGACCCUUUAGCAGCUUUCAUUCUCAUUCCAGGAUUUCAUAUAUAGUUGCUACAUUAAGGACUCCAAACCAAAGAGAGAGAGAGAGAUAAUUAAGGACUCCAAAUGGAUACAAGGCCAAGAGAUGUAUCCAAUCGUGUCUAUGAAUAUUUCCAACCCUCGUCGGAAUGGAAGGAGGAAGAUGAAGCUAAAUUUCUCUUGCUUCGUCUACCGGGUUUUAAGAAGGAAUAUUUAAAGGCCCAUUUUCCUGCACCUGGGGUCAUACAGAUCUCUGGAGAGCGGCCUCUCAAGGACAACAAAUGGAGUCGCUUCCAGCAGGAGUUUCAGAUUCCCGAGAACUGUGACAGGAGUGGCAUUCGAGCAAGAUUGGGCGCCGAUGUACUUACCGUGGUAAUGCCAAAGACAAUUACUCCAGCCCAACCACAACAACAGCAGCAGCAGCCUCAAGUUAAACCAACCUCAGACUCAGAAGCACCUACAGCUCAACAGCCCGGAACCGGAAGCUUGCCUGCGCCUGACAAGCAUCAGGAACCUGCGGUGACUCUAAAACCCAUGAGCUCGGAAAAGCACCCAAAACCAAUCCAAGAAAUGCCCAGUCGUCAGAAAUCGACUACUGAGCCGAAACCUGACAUUCGUCAAGAAGCCAUUAGAGCUGACAAAGCUGAUGAUGAUAAAAGAGUGAAGGAGAAUGGAAGGCCAAGUGGUGAUAAAGAUGAUGCAGCCCAAAAAGCUUUAGAAAAGAAGGAACAAAGUGAUGGGUUUGGCGAUGCUGCAGGGAAGAUUUCUAAACAAGUAAAAGAAGCCAAUAUUGGUGGUGAUAAUGAAGCAAGAGCUAAGGACCGGUCAACUGAAAAGGUCACUGCUGCUUGUGCUGGUAAUCAACUAAUUGGACUGGAUGAGUCUAGAAAACUGAUUGUGAACAUGGUUGCAGCUGCCCUGGUAGUGCUGGCCUCUGUGGUGUAUUUAAUCUAUACAUUUGGGCACUCAGGAAAACCUAACAAGUAGUUCUUUAUAAUUCUAUGUAAUGAGAAACCGAAAUGAAGACCUGUAUGUUGGGAUAUUAACAACCAUAAUGAAUUUAAGAAAUUCGCUUCCUUAGAUGGAACGCUACCAAGGAAUGGCUCUUGAUGUUGGAAAGUUUCCCUUGUACAUUCUAGUAUAUUGCUUA